AUGCCUAAAAGGCCUUUUAUCAUGUUUGAGGAGGAAACAUUUCUAGGUAUUAAAGCCACCAAAAAUCAGUUGACAGUGGUGGUUGGUGUGAAUGCAGGUGGUGACUUUUCAUACAUUUCAUCUUUAGACAGCCUGAAGUCUAUUCUUCAUGUUAGUUUACAAGAACUUCUGUGGUAUAAGUUUUUUAAUCGAAGCUUGUACAAUAUGAUUAACUUUAAUUUCCAGAGAAAAUGGAAACUGCAGUUGAAGCGGCUGUCAGAUGAAUUUAUGGUGAUAUGCAAUGAAUUCCAUAAUACACAGAAAAUUAUAAGAGAAAAGAAAAAGAACCAAAUUACAUCAGGCUCAGAUACAGAAGGACAAUACUCAGAACCAAGAUUAGAACAUGAAAAUGAUGUGGAAGAUGAACAGAUCCGAUUGCAGGAAUGGGAACUGAAACUCCAUUUUGUAGAGGAACAAGAACAAGAAGUUCAAAAACUACAGGAAGACAUACUGGUCAUCAAUCAACUUAUGAGAGAAAUUUCCUCAUUGAUUAAUGAACAAAGUGAGAAUGUUGACAACAUUGAAGCCAAUGUGGAAGAAACCACCAUACGUGUUAUUGAAGGAACAGAACAGUUACAGCAAGCAGCCAUUCACAAGGGCAAGAAUAAACAUGUUCCUGAAGCAUUGUCAGAAAAAGCAGAAAAAUGA